AUGCCGGAAAGCCUUACACCUGAAACUUCUCUGCGCCAAGCAGAUUUGUUGAUGUGCGUGCCAGAGUUCCGCUGCAGAGUGCCGCCUAAGGUGAUGUGGAAGAUGCGGAUUGAGGGUCUUCACGACCACGACUACACGCCGUCAUCCUGGCUGCAGGACCUGAGGCGCAGACCUAACAACCGCCCCUGCCGUUUUCUCAGUCGCCUGCCCUUCUCGAGCCCGGAAACACCGGACGAUGGAAGUUCUUCCAGCGGUGAGUCUAGCUGCAGCUCCGGCAGAGAAGACACGUCUGCUGAUGACCUGUCUGGAGAUUCAGAUGCUGGUGGAGAGUUGUCAGACAGCCUAGGUUGCUACAGGACCAUGGAGAUUGGUCCGGAUACCAACACGUCCUUGGCUGGUCAUGAUUCAAAAUCAGCACAACUUAUUACAGAAAGUUUACGCUCGACAUCAGAACAAAACAAAGUCUCUGGGGCAUUCCAACAGGCCCUAUCUGGAAUGGUCGAUGCUGCACAGCCUGUUACCACACCGUCUCCGAUGUCUUUCCUAGACAUUCCAACGGUAUAUGACAAACCACGUGUUCGUCCCUUGACCAAUGCAAUUCUUGCCACAGAAUUCGCUGGCUCUUCAGCAUCAUCCAUAUUUGCGGUGAAGAAACGUCCAAGUGACGUCACCAAGCCCAGUCUCGCAGCUGCUUUUCCGAGCGAGAAAACUUGGUCUUGUCCUGUGACAACGUUGGGUCUUCAUCCCCACUUGGCUCCCCACAGGGACGGCUUACAGACAAGCAGUGCCAGUGCGAGAAACAAGGGAGGUUUUCUUAACGUAGAGACGGCAGCAUCAUGUCAGUAUGAUACACGUCCGCCGUCUGGAAAAGCGACACACACUACUAACCCUGCGCACGAGAGCCUCAUAUCGUACUCAACGGUGGAGUCGAUACCAGCUCCAUCAGGGCACAAUCACGCAAAGUAUGACGGGUGUGGACGGCAAACGUCUAUAUUCACCCAAAGCAGGAAGCGUGCGGCAUCAACAGUUGAAAGUGUUGAGAAGAGUACGGAAUGCCUCGGCCACGAUACUACAGCGAGCAAGAGACGAAGAAUUCACGACUGGCUUGAGGAGACUGACAUCCGGUACACACGGCAGAAUGAUGCAUGA